AUGUCCUUUUCUGAUGUUGAAAAACGGCAGAGCACAGAUUCUGACGCAGCUUACGAACAACCAACCGGGUUUAGUACUGGUGCUUACAAUGUUGGUGAUGAUAACAGUAGUGCCAAUGAGCAUGGGGUCCACAGGGUUUUCACCGCAGGUGAUAACGAUGAGUACGUGGUAAUCGGGCGUCGGAAAUUUUUAAAGGAUGAUUUAUUCCAGGCCUUUGGUGGUACUCUGAAUCCAGGUUUAGCACCACCAUCAGAACACAAGUUUGCCAACCCUGCGCCGUUGGGACUAUCAGGUUUCGCAUUGACUACAUUUGUCCUAUCCAUGAUAAAGGCAAAGGCCCAAGGCCUAACAAUACCGAAUGUCGUCGUGGGACCGGCUAUGUUUUACGGUGGUAUUGUACAAGUGAUUGCAGGAGUUUGGGAAUUAGCACUUGAAAAUACCUUUGGUGGUACUGCUCUUUGCUCCUACGGUGGAUUUUGGAUGAGCUUUUCAGCCCUGUACAUUCCAUGGUUUGGUAUUGUUGACGCCUAUAAGGAUGAUCAAGAUCAAUUGGGAAACGCUGUAGGCAUUUAUCUAUUGGGUUGGGCGAUUUUCACCUACGGAUUGUCUGUCUGUACCAUGAAAUCCACACUGAUGUUCUUUGCUCUCUAUUUUCUCUUGGGUACUACUUUCUUACUUCUGGCGAUUGGAUCAAUUACGGAUAAUUUUGGUGUUAAUAGAGCUGGUGGUGUUCUUGGGAUUAUCGUCGCGUUUAUCGCUUGGUAUAAUGCAUUUGCAGGUUUGGCUAAUAAGCGGAACUCUUAUGUGCAGUGUAAAGCGAUUCCAUUACCAAAUAACGAUUGGCAUUUUGGUAGAAUGGUUCACCAUCGUCGCUGA